UUUGCCUAAUCGGUAGUUCCAUUGACAUUUCUCGAAAAUAUCUCUCUCUCACUGACACUGUGUCUUUGAUUCUACAAUCGCCGGGAAUUUUCUGAAAGAGGAUAUGGAUAUCUCCGGCAUAGCUAAGAAACUGGGCCUCGAUAACAACAAGCUUUUAAUCCGAAAAGCUGCGGAGAUCCGCCGUCUUUGUGAUGCCCAGUUCGAUUCAUCCAUCAUCGGCGUUGGUGAGAUCUGUAAAGCUGUGAUAUGUAUGGAGAUCGCCGCCUCUAGAUUGCAGAUUAUUUUCGAUAGACAAGCAGCGAUUAAGUUGAGUGGUAUGUCUGAAAAGGCUUACUCUAGAUCAUUCAAUAGCCUUCAGAACGUUAUUGGGGUCAAGAUUAAGCUCAAUGUAAGAGAAUUGGCUGUUCAGUUUGGUUGCGUUAGGAUUAUCAAAUCUGUGCAAAAUUUGCUUUCUUCGUACAAGGAGCGGUUUCUAGCAUCACUACCAGCAUCGAGACGGGCUAAUGCUGACUUUACUAGACCUGUAUUUACAGCAGCUGCUUUCUUUUUAUGUGCUAAAAAGCAGAAGCUUAAGGUAGAUAAGCUUAGGUUGAUUGAGGUUUGUGGAACAUCAGAGUCAGAAUUCUCUUGCGUCUCAACCUCCAUGACGGACCUUUGCUUUGAUUGCGUUGGGAUUUCAAAGGAAAAGAAAGAUGCAAAGGAAGUGAAAGGAAACCGAGACUUGCUUGAUGUGUUACCUGGAAAGAGGAGACUAGAGGAUGGUGGAUAUUCAUCUGAUGAAGAGUCUUCAUGUUACAAAAUACAAAAGAAGAUGGAAGAGGCUAAGUAUGAGGACUGGAAAUCUACAGUCGUCAAUUCGAUCAAACAGAAUCCAGAGAAAGGAACUAAGAGAGUUAUACAGGCCAGUCUCAAUUUCCCAAAGAAGAUAGAGACAUAAGAGUUGCGAGUUGAUUCAUAAUCUUGCACAUCUAGUCCCAGAUCCAUUUUAAUUUGUUGUUGUGUUCAUCACAUGAAGUAUGUAUCACAUGAAGUAUGUGUAAAAUAACAAUCCUUGAAAAGAAAUGUUUUCCCUCAAACA